AUGUUCUCAGAGCCCCCCCGUUCCCCCCGGCCCCUCCCGCCCUCCUCCGAUUCCCCGCCCCAGAUGUGGCCCCGCCGCCAGAUGCGCGAAUGGGGGGAGCGGAGCGGGGCUCCCUCUGGGCGCUUCCACCGCCCCCAGCACAGCCUACCCCCGCCCGCCCCCCCUCCCCGGCCCGGGAUGGAGCCCGGAGCCCCCGCGGAGCCGCGUUGCCGCCUGGAGCCAUGGCUGCACUAUGAGCCCGGUCCGGCGGUCCUCUGCACCCUUGGCUGCGUCCUCGGCCUUCUCUAUGGCUGCGUUGGCCAUCGCUGCUUCAAAGCCAUCAUGUUCACCUCGGGGCUGCUCCUGGGCUCCAGCACCAUCUUCCUGCUGUGCUACAAGGAGCGCGUGUUGGAGACACGGCUGAGCCUGGAGGUGAGCGCAGGCAUCGCGUUGGCCAUCGGCUCGCUCUGCGGGUUGGUCACCGCUCUGCUGCGCAGCGUUGGGCUCUUCUCCACCGGGCUGCUGCUGGGGCUGCUGCUGGCCGUGGCCGUGCUGGCAGCUGCUGCGCCACUGGUGCCACCGCUGAGCCCGUGGGUGCUGGUGGGGGUCCUGCUGGGCCCGGCGUUGCUCUGCGCCCUGCUGGCCCUGCGGUGGCCCAAAGCGCUGACCACGUUGGCCACUGCCGUCCUCGGCGCUGCCGUGGUGGCAGUGUGUGUGGAUUAUUUUGUGGAGGGGUUUGCUUUGGUGCUCCACGUCUCCGAGAGGCUGCGGAUGGCGGCGGUGGGGCAGCUCUGCUGGUACAGCUGGGUCGUGCUGGGGCUUUGGCCGGUGCUCAGCCUGCUUGGUGUCCUGCUGCAGCAACGGAAGCCAAAUGCCAGCAGAACCGAACCCCCUCCAAGUGCAGCCACCGCCACCAGCCUGCCCCAGUGACACACAGUUUGUGCAACGCGUUGGCCUCGAGCUCGUGGGACCAGCAGCUGGAGAACGCAGCCCCCCGGACCCGGCUGGGACCCUCAGUGAUGGCUGUGGCUCCGCUGUUUCCUUCGCCACCCCGGUGCCUCCAGGCCACCUCUGAGAGGCCCCUGUCCCCCCCCCCACGCCUGCCCUUUUAAGCAGGCAAAUAAUAACAGGGCAUCCUCGUAGAGUAAAUGGGAGCUCCUGCCCCACAAGCAGCCCCACAUCCACUGCGACCCCCUGCACCCUGUCAGCUCCAGAGAGGUUCAGCUCCACUCUCCCACCAGUGCAAGGAAAGACUUCAUAGCAAAUAACUCCCCACAGCUAUUUCUGUAGGACCCACACAGCGCUGUGCACGCACUGCUGUACCUGAGCUACAGUGUUCUGAAUGCCUCCAGCUGCCCCUAGCUCCCCUCUCUGACU